AAAAUAUCAGGGCCUUUCUCUAUGUGGGAAUUCCCCCUCGUGUUAAAAAACACAGCUAACGCUUCCCCCAGUGCCACCAGUUUCCUUAAAAAACGCCUCACGGACACAAGCGUCAUGUGUAGUGCAGGGAAGCAUGGUAAGUGAGUAGGCGGAUAUGGAUGGAAAGGGCCCGUAUCGGAUCUAUGACCCAGGUGGGAGCGAGAGUCAGGCCAAAGAGGAGGCCAGCAGCUAUCGGCAGCUCCUGGAGGAGAACAGUGUCCUGAGAGAGCGUAUGAAAGGCCUGAAGAGCCUGGGAGACCUGCUGGAGGAGUCCCAGACGGAGGCGUCUAAACUUCGGAAGCGCGUGGAGGAGCUGGUCCGGGAUAAUGAAGCCCUGAAGUCCUCCACCUCCAGCUUUGCCUCCAAUGUUUGUAUGGGAGCGCCUGUUCAGACGGACACGCAAGGUCAUGGGAAGCUUCUCAGUCACCCCACAUCCGUCAGAGCUGACCCCCGUGAGUGUUUAAGUGGAAAAACGGUUCAGCCAGAAGCCACUGAACCCUCUUCGCACUUCGAACUGGUGAACAUGGAGGACAAGACCAUCACAGAAACACAAACGGCUGGAGUCUUGCCCUUGGCGCAGGAAAACACGGAGCUGGCCAGUCAGUUGCAGCGUCUGGAGAGUUCGUUCAGCGUGUUUGCGGAGGAGUCCAACCCCAACCAGCUCCUGGCGCACCUGGGCCGCAUGGCCGUGGAGUUCCACCACCUGUCCUCCAAAGUGCAGAAGAACGAGCAGAGAACAUCACUGCUACAGACACUUUGUGAGCAGCUAAGACAGGAAAACAGCGAACUUCGGAAAAAAAUGGAGGAGGACCUUCAGUAUCGCAAUCGUGACUUGGAACAGCUGAGGCAGGAGAAUCUGAAGCUGAGGGAGCAGAUGAACGGAAGGACGGAGGCAGUCCAGAGUGAGUCGUCUGACUCCAAAGACGAGGCGGCCAAAGAGGAAGCUGCGAAAGCCAAGCUGGAGGUGGCCAUGACUCAGCAGGCUGGCAAAGCAGCAGAGAAAACUCCAUCCAAGACCCUGGACCCAGAGGUGUACGAGAAGAAGAUCAGGCUGCUGGAGAAGCAGAGGAGAGACGUGCUGGAGGUGAACAAACAGUGGGACAUUCAGUGGAACUCCAUGAAGGCUCAGUUUGAGCAGAAGAUCACAGAUCUGCGGCAGCGGCUGGCGGACUCCCAGAAGGCCGUUUUGGAGCUUGAGGCGGAGAGGGAGCAGAGACAGAGGGACUAUGACAAGAAGCUGCUGCUGGCCAAAUCCAAAAUCGACAAUGUGCAGGGUGAAAAGGAGUGUUUGACGUCAGAGACGUGUGAACUGAAGCAGAAGGUUCGGUACCUGCAGGAUCAGCUGGUUCCUCUCACUAAGCAGAGAGAGUACCAGGAGAAGGAGAUCCAGCGCCUAAAUAGGGCUCUGGAGGAGGCGCUGAAUCUGCACUCUCCCUCGUCUCAGUCCGGGAUGAAUCUGGGAGAAGGAGUUCUAAACCUGCGCCAGCAGGAACUACACACACAGAUCGCUGUGCUCAAAGAGCAGGUGAAAAUCUUCGAGGAGGAUUUCCGAAAGGAGCGCAGCGACAGGGAGCGAAUGAACGAGGAGAAAGAAGAUCUGAGGCGGCAGGUGGAGAGGUUACAGGGACAGAUGACCAAUCUGACCAAUCAGCUCCACCAGGCGCAGAAUGAGUGUCAGAGAGAGAGGGCAGAGCGCUGUAAACUGGAAAGACUGCAGAUGCAGCACAAUAAGCAGGAGGGGCAACCGGAGAGAAGGACCUCUGACCCCACCUCGGGCUCUGCUAACGGCCCGCUGAGCCCACCCUACUGUGGCCCGUUUGUGCAGGUGGGUCACCAGGGCCUGGAGGGCUGGCCCAUCCACUUCCCACCUAGGAUGCCCACCCUGAGCACAGCGCCCGGCAGAGACUUCCAGCCCGUCAACCCGGGUUUUCCUUGGCAGUCAUCAUUCCCUCCGCCGCGAGGUUCCAGAGGACAGGCAGACCCGGCAAGAGCCCCUCCAGAGAAUGCAGAAGCAGGAGCAGCCGGCUUUGGAAAGCGCGAACGCCAGACUGCGGACCCUGGAAAGCACUAACAGCUUCAACCCCUCUCCACUGGCACCCAGCUAGUAGCAUGAUGCCAUUUUUCUUUCAUUUGGCAUGGUGUGAUCUCCCCCCCAAUGUGUGUGUGUGUGUGUGUAUAUAUAUAUAUAUAAAUAUAUAUCUCUCUCCAAUGAAAUGUUGUUUAUAUACUUAAGUUUUAUAAGCCUAUUUGUGAAACACUGUUCUUGCAAAUUACGAAUAUAUAUAUAUAUAUAUAUAUAUAUAUAUAUAUAUAUAUAUAUAUAUAUAUAUUACCUUUUUAAUAUUAAGGGUUAACUCUGCUUUAUAUAUACACAGUAAUUCUAUGCAGAAUUAAAGUCAGUUAUUUAAUGGAUGAAAGGAUCAUUUAAAAAAAGUAAGACGAUAUACCUGCAGAGUUGAAAGAGGACCAGUAAAAGAAAUGGUUGUUUAACCACUUCAGUUUAUUUACUGACACACUGAAAUCAAGAGUGUAGCCUUUCUGUCUAUAUUGAUGAAUAAAAGACAUGGUUAUUCUGAAGAACUGCUUUCUGGCACUUGUGAGCUGAUUUGAAGACAGACAGUGGUUGAAUUACAGCUGUCCUGUAACUCUGUAGGUAAAUUGUCUUGGAAAUGUUCCACAGUAGAAUGUAUCUCUAUUUAUUCAAUGGCCAACGUCGUGAUGGCCACUCUUUAUUUUGCGUAUCCACACGCCGGUCACCAGCAAGUGACUUAAUACCCAUCAUCUGCCCUUCACUUACAAAAGCCAUAUACAGCACUUCUCAACCUUUUACAUUUUGGGACUUCUGUGUGAUUGAAACAAAAGUGUAACAGAUUCUUAAAGGGGAAUUCCACCAAUCUUUCAAAAAUUCUGCGUAAUUCAAUCGGUGAGAUGUAAACAGUCUUUCAGAGUGGUUUGAGGUGAAAUUGUUCAGUGUAGACAAACUUGUAUUUCUUUACAGUGGUGGUGAUGGGAACCAGGCGUCAUGAGGUCUACAAGGCAAAUAUUGCCAUAUGUAAUGUUGAUCUUGAUAAAAUAGUGGUAAAUCUGUUCUUUAGGGACUCUUUUGCCUUCAGCAUCCACCCCAACUUCUCUACAAAGGCAAACUACUCUGAAAGACGUUGUUUACAUAAAUUAACAAUUUAAUCAUGCAGAAAUUUUGAAAAAUUGAUGGAAUUAAAAUUAUUUGUUAUGAAGUGAAUCGAGAGGUCAUAUGAUGAAGGCUUUUUACCCUUCAUGUUGACGGUUCUGAAGUGGAUUCCUACUGUUGCAAAUGAGAUGUGAUGAGAAAUUCUUUUAUAUUCUGCUAGUUUCCUACAUUCGCAGUGAUGAUGGCGUGUGGUUCAUCGUCCUAGUAAUGCUGUUCUUUGUGUACUGUUUAUGUCUCCCUUAUAUACUAUAUCUGUGUGAAGACUGGUGGUGUGACUGUGUUGGCUGUUCUGCUGACCCAGUGACAUACAGUGGGCCAAAAACAAAAAAAAAACAAACAAAAAAACCCUGAUUCCAUGUGAAAGCAGCUCAUCUGUCUGUCCAUGCACUCUUAUCCCUUCAUUUAGAGCACCAGAGGAGAAUGAUGAUGCUCCCUUUAAAGCAAAGGGUCCAAAGAUAUCGUCCCAAAUUUGAGCUGAGAUUUUUUGGGGAAUCCUCCAGCAUCUUUCAACCUAACCUCCAUUAGCCCAUUGAAGCAAGUGCCCAUUGAGUUCCUUUGUAACUAUGUUGUUGCACUGGUUUUCUGUUCUUUUACGAGGAAGAGUUAUUGUGAUAAUCAUUUGUGUGCUGCAGAUGAAGCAGAUCAAGCAAGUUGAAAACAUGUUGGAGUUUCUCUUCAAGCCACACUUUCACCCCUUUUACCCUUUGGUGUGCUGCUCAGACUCAUGUUGAUAGGGACUCCAUUUAACGUGUUUGCUUUGAAGUUGUUGGCCUCUAAGGAUCUUAUCUUCCUAAACUGUUUGCUGAAAGCGUGAUGCAACAUUUAUCAUGUGUAAAUAUUAGUGACAUUGGACAGGCCUUUCUAUCGAACAUGUGCUUGAGUAGAAACAGUUGAGCGGAUUACGUGUCAGUGUGUAGGAGCUGAAGUGUUCUGUGAGCUCAAUGGCACUUUGGGAUGUUUUGCUAUUAUUUAUCGGUCACUGUAAUUUACUGGUUGGUAGUUUUGUGCUUUUUUCGGAGUGAACUUUCUUGCCCCCUGAUUAGGCGAAAGCACAUCUCAAGUGAAUCUUUUAUAUUUGAUUAGCAUAAUAAAUAUAUUCUUAAUGUCCCAACCUCCAGAAUGUGUUCGUAAGCGCUACGGUUCUCCAGCAGAAGUUACCUAAAGGUCGAUUUGCGAUGCCUCAAUGUAUUUAAAACAUGUAAAGUUACUUGGACUCACUUUGUAACGCGUAACAAGGCUUUGGCGGAAUGCAAAAAAACUUCAGUGUGUCUAACAAGUAAUAAAAAACAGAGGGGACCAUUUA